AUGUCUGUAGUCAAUUCCGAAUCGGUAGUAACAAAUACACGAACACCAGUUGUAAUCAUUAAGCCUAUUCUUUAUGGCAAUACAGCAAAACAUUUGGGCACUAAACGAGAUUCUGAUGGACACACACAUAGAUGGUCAGUGUAUAUUCGAUCAUUUAAUAAUGAUGAUCUAUCGACAUAUGUUAGUAAAGUGCAAUUUCGUUUGCAUGAAACAUAUCCGAACCAUGCAAGAAUGAUUACACAAGCCCCAUUUGAAGUAGAAGAAAGCGGUUGGGGUGAAUUCGAAACGCAGAUAACUAUCUUUUUUGCUGAUCCUAAUGAAAAACCAGUAGUAUUUUAUCAUCAUUUAAAAUUAUUCUCAACCGAUCCCGAUGUUGUUGCUGGUACAAAAGAAUUAGUUAAUGAACAUUAUGAUGAAUUAAUUUUUCAAGAACCGUCCGAUUUAUUAGCUCGUCUACUCAAUUGUGCUAAGUCACUUGCACCACCAACAGAUGAAAAUUUAGGAACUGCAAAAGAAUAUGCUAUAAAAAAACACGAUACAAUAAAUCGCGUAAAACAGGCUCGACAACGCGUUCGGAGCGAAAUUCAAGAUUUAACUGAACGUCUUCGCAUUACUCAAGAAAAUAUAAAACGUGUUCGACAACGAACAAUGGACAAUAAUUCUCAUAUGGGUACAUUUAGUUUAUCAGUACAUGACAAUAUCAAACGCGAAAUAGUCGAUUAA